AUGGAGGAAUUCUCCAGGCUGUGCUGUCUGAUUGUCAAAGAUGUCUAUGGCGACUUUCUUGCUCAAAUCUUCCAGCAACUCAUCCAGCUUGGACGCCUUUCGUCAACCCAAGUGGCUCAGAAAUGUCGCCUGCCAUUGCGCCAAGUCAAGACGGGGCUGGCAACCCUGAUCCAACUUCGUCUUGUGUACCAUCACACCAGUCCCGAUGGCCUUUCGACCUAUCAAGCCAACACUCACAAUGCCUACAAUCUUCUGCGCACGGGAAAUUUGGCCGCGGGUGCCCAGCGCAAGUUUGGGCCAGCCGCUGCUGUUGUUGUAGAACACCUUGCAGCUCUUGGAUUCGCCACGGCACAAGAGCUCGAGGACACGAUCUGCGCCGACAAAGACUUCAACAGAUCCGAGGACCACGAACCCCAAACGAACGGAAGUUCAGAUGGCCACAAAUCACAGGAUCUUGACUCCACUCGCAGCCGUUUCAGAAAGGUGCUUAGGCUCUUGAUCGACGAAAAGUACAUUGUCGGCCUGCGUGACGCUCAUUUUCAAUCAGUCUUCGAUGCUCGUCGAGAACUUGAGCGUCAUCUUGAAAGCAGAGGCUUGCUACCUUCCAGUAAAACAAAGAAAGCUCAACCAGUCAUUGAUGAGAAGGUGAAUGUCGACCUAGAGCAACUGCUUGAUCCGACCAUAUCUGCAUCGAGCGUUCUCCGCGAGCUUCAGUCAAGUCAGCAGCAGAGUGUCACAACUCUACUCUGUGUCGACUACUCGAACGUUGUCUCUUCGGUUCGCAAUGAAAGAAUAGCCUCAACAGCAGGGAAAAUCUUCGGCAAAACCCCUGCCCACAUCGCCAAAGCAGCUUGCGCACAGGUCGAGCUGAAUUCAAGCCCGUUCAAGGUUCGAUCAAUCGACGAGAGAAAUGACGCCGUGCAGCGACUCGACGUCUCCUUGAUUGACGCUCAACUCUCGAAAUUAUCGAACGGCUCGGGCGAGCUCGAAAUUGAACAGAGCUCUUCCUACAACGGCCACCUUGUAAAUGGCUAUCAUCAUCGUCGCCCCAAUGGCACAAGACAUGACCCCUUCAUCGACCAACAAUUAGGCAUUCUUGCAGAAGGUCCCUUUCCUUUCCUUACGCAAGAUGUCAGUGGCUCUUGGCUUGUGAACAAGAAAGACCUAAUUGAUCACCUGCUCGAAGAAGAGUUGAUGCGCUUGAUGGGCGAAAGAGUAGAUCCACCGGCCUUGAGGAUCGUUCGCAUGCUCAACGACAAAGGCAAGCUCGAUGAGAAGACUCUCCAGGAACUGGGCCUGUUGGGGGCCAAAGACCUUCGACAGUGUUUGUCACAGCUUCAGGUUACGGGAUUCCUUGAGUUGCAGGAGGUUCCCAGAGAUCCACAACGACAACCCAACCGGACGCUCUUUCUCUGGUUCUACGACGCUGAGCGUGUCCGGAAAGCCUUGUUGGGAAAGAUAUACAAAACCAUGUCGAGGCUCUACCAACGUAUGCAUCUCGAGCGAGAAAAACUUGCCUCUACUCUAAGCAAGGUCGAACGAACCGAUGUGGAAGGGAACAUCCAAGAUCUACUCCCAGAUGCAGAGCUUGAACUUUUGUAUUCGUGGCAGCAGAAGGAAGGCUGGUUUCUAACCGAGCUCAAUCGUCUGGACGAGUCGGUAGCCAUUCUGCGAGACCUCUGA